AUGGACGGUUGUCAAUCAUUCGAGCCUGAUUCGCUGUCGACCACCGUUCGUCGUCAAUACGUGCGAACUGUGCAUUGCGAUGAAGACGAGAGCGACUGCAUGGUUUUGAUUGAUUUUAUUCUUUGUAUCAACAAAUCGGAUGUGGCACAGAUGGGCGUAGCAUCGUCUGCAUUCGUUGAACUAGUGUGGAGCGCUGGGGUUUUUCGUCCAAGGGUAGUCGCAGCCGUGCAUUAA